AACAAACCCACUCACCCCAGUCCCGUGUAUUCCCCGCUCUUCCGCCUUCCGCGCCACCAACCCGCGAACCCUAAAAACCCUAGCGCCUACGCGCACCAAUCCACCGGAGAGGGGAGGCGGGGAAGCGGCCAUGGCGGAGCACGACCUGACGGCGCGGAUGGCGGGGCACCUGGACUGCCACCUGGUGCUCCCGCUGCUGGAGUUCCUGCAGGAGCGGCACCUCUACCCGGAGGAGGAGAUCCUCGAGGCGAAGAUCCGCCUCCUCCGGGGCACCAACAUGGUCGACUACGCCAUGGACAUCCACAAGUCGCGCUACGGCACCGACGACGUCCCCGAGGACAUGGUCAAGCGCCGCGCCGAGGUCGUCUCCAGGCUCACCUCGCUCGGCGAGGCCAUCGACAACAUCCACCAGAACCAGCAGAUUGGUCCUGAUCAGAUUGAGACUCUGUAUCAGUAUGCCAAAUUUCAGUUUGACUGUGGGAAUUACUCAUUUGCUGCUCAGUACUUGCAUCAAUACCGUGCUCUGUGCACAAACAUUGAGAGGAGCUUGAGUGCCCUGUGGGGAAAGCUGGCAGCUGAGAUUUUGAUGCAGAACUGGGAUGUUGCACUGGAGGAGCUCAACCGUUUGAAGGAGAUUAUUGAUUCAAAGAACUUCUCUUCACCGCUAAAUCAGCUUCAGAAUAGGAUAUGGCUGAUGCACUGGAGUAUCUUUAUCUUCUACAACCAUGAAAACGGCAGAAAUGGGAUCAUAGAUCUGUUCUUCCAGGAGAGGUACUUGAAUGCAAUCCAGACAAAUGCACCACAUCUUCUGAGAUACCUUGCUACAGCAGUUGUUGUGAACAAAAGGAGAAGGAAUAUGCUUAAGGAGUUGAUUAAAGUCAUUCAGCAGGAGCAGCACAGCUACAAGGAUCCCAUUACUGAAUUUCUGGAAUGCUUGUUUGUUAACUAUGAUUUUGAUGGCGCACAACAGAAACUCAUAGAGUGUGAGGAGGUCAUAUUGAAUGAUCCUUUCCUGGGAAAGCGCAUUGAGGAAGGGAAUUCCAUCACUGUUCCUUUGAGAGAUGAAUUCCUUGAAAAUGCUCGUCUGUUUAUCUUUGAAACUUACUGCCGUAUUCAUCGGUCCAUUGAUAUUGGCAUGCUCUCUCAGAAACUGAACAUGCGCUAUGAUGAAGGGGAGUUGUGGAUAAUGAACUUAGUUAGAAAUUCAAAGCUCGAUGCCAAGAUUGAUUCAGUGUCUGGAACUCUUAUCAUGACGACCAAUCAUGUUAACAUCCACGAGCAGUUUAUCGAAAGCUUGAAGAAUCUUAACAUGCGGACUUCCAUGCUAGCAAAGAACAUUGUGGAGCCAGCUCAAGCAAUGCAACAGGCAACUCGGUGAUAUUGACAGAGAACAUCAAUUUUGAGGCGCCCAGAACUCGUGAAGUUAGACAAACUAUUAAACUUUUAGCACCGACGUCGCGUUAUUAGUACUUGCGAUUCCUCUAUAAAGAAAAAGGAUUCAACAACUAGUGUACAGAAAUAUUUCUAAUUACGUAUCAAAGCUACUAAUACAGCAAUAUCCCGGGGCAAAAGGAAACCCAGGAGGUGUGUUCUCGUUCGCUGCAGCAUAUGCUGAAGUUUUUGUUAUUUUGUACUUGGAAUCCUGUGGCUGAACUGCUGAAGUUAAUCCUUUCUUUUGUACUAGACUGUACUAGAAUCAAGCUUACCUGAUUGUGGUGGUGUUUCGUGUGUCUGUGAAGUGCUGAAGUGUGGUUGCUAUUUAGUU